UAUUCUAUCCGUUUCGAUGUGUUAGACAAUUAUUUUGAAUACAAUGUGAACCAACAGCCACCAGCGAUAUAUGUACAUAUUUCCUGACAAAUAAACCCUGGCACACGAUGGCAGAGCAACAGCAGUCGUCCUCUGGGUUUAAACGCAUGUCCUUAGACAAAAUUAUCGAGGCAAUGACUUCAGACUUGGAGAGUUCUAACGGGCAUUACGUUCAAUUCGGAGUGAACCCUCAGCAAACGACGUCUCACAAUUGGGGUGAUUAUCCUUCGAGUCAGAGGCAUUACAUGGCUGGUCAGCCUCCUCAUUCUAGUCCUCCACCUAUGCACCAGCCGAUGAGCUCCAUGGGUGCUCCUUUGUACAUGCAGAACAACAUGACGAGCUAUGAUUCCACUGCGGAUUCGAUUUACUUUCCGUCUCAGGCGGUGAAUCAUUUGGGGAUAAACGAGAAUAAUGAUCUGAUCGGGACUAUUGACGUCGGUGGACGGAAUUACAUUAACGUGAUUUACGGGAACGCUUCACAGAUCAUGGCUGAACAGUGCCAGCUUUUAAACAUGACGUCUUACAGGAAUCAGAAUAUGAUCGACAGGGAGUACGGGCUGUUCAACGAUCAGCACAUGGCCGCGAGUCCUGAGUUGCCUACGCAGAAUUUCAACGGGAAACAGUUGAUCGAGAACUUGGUUGGUAACUGGGUACCAAAUCAGUCUGGCACUUACAGCCCGUUCGGUGGAUCGCAGAACGUCACGCCGGUACAAUCGAACGUCGACGUGAGAGAUCCGGAAGAGUUACCGAGAACUCCGACCGAUGCGCAUUAUAAGAAACCUCGUGCGGUGGCGGAGGUGAAACCUAUGCGGCCUUCUUAUUCCGACGUUUUAACGAAAUCAGUUCCAACACCGCCGUCCCCUUUGACCAUUCAAUCCUCCAAGCCGAAAACAGAAUCCGUGAGCAAGAAGGUUUCUAAUAAGAAUUCUAAGAAUAAGUCGAAGUCUACAACGUUGAAGAGGCAGAACUCCUCCGGCAGCGACGAUCACAAUUCACCGAAGAUGCAGAUACCCCGGAAGACACUGGAGAAGAACUCUAAUCUACCGAGACGUUGGGUAUCGUUGGACAAUCUCGGUUCUCCAACGGAAUCCCAUGAAAUCAACACUUUCGAUAGAUCUACUCAGUUCGAAAAGAGGAAGGUUCCCAAGCUGGCGAAGAAAGUGGAAAAGGGGGAGACGCUUAAUAACUCGAAAGUUCAAACUAAUCCUAAAUCCACGGGGAACAUUCCCAAACGUCCUAUACAGAUAAACAAUAAUUUAAACAUAACGAACACUUCCAGUCAAACAGUCUCCCCGGAGAAGAUCGAGAAGAAUCAGCAGGUGAUAAACAAGGCCAAGGAUGACAAGAAGAUUAAGGAAAAGAGUUCGAAACGUUUUCAAACUGAUAAAACGCAGCAGAUUAAGAAAGCUCAGAGAAAUCGUAGAAGGGAGAACAGGGAAUCUCCAGUAAAGGAUUUAUAUAAAAGCUUGAAUAAAUACGCCAGUCACUGGAUUAAAAUUGGAUUGAAGAUAUUUCACUGGCUGUUGCAUUUGGUAUCAGACGUAGUAAGCAUGAGCUGCAAUCUUACAAUUCUUCUUGGCAAGUGCGCGUGGUACCACACUAUAUUGUAUUUCAAAUAUUCCUGGGUGUAUCUGGCCAUGACGUUCUCCAAGAUUCGCAUUUUGAACGCAAUUGGGAAACAGCUGGACAGCUGGUUCGGCAACAGUAGAUUCGCGUUCUGGCGUAAGAUUAAGACUAAGAACGAAGAGAAGGAAGAUAAUAGUAACUGGAUCCACGGUGGUCUCGAAGCUAACAUCGCACUACCCAGCACCGGUGAGGAGGCUAUGAAAAGACUGUUGGCCUGCAAAGGGAAGGACCCUUACAGCAUACUCGGCGUCACGCCGACUUGCUCCGACGACGAUAUUAAAAAGUAUUACAAAAGGCAGGCUUUCCUAGUUCACCCUGACAAGAAUAAUCAACCGGGCGCGGAGGAGGCUUUCAAAAUACUCGUUCAUGCAUUCGACAUCAUCGGCGAACCGGAACGUCGACAAGCGUUUGAUCAGACUAGACAAGCGGAGGCUGCCUGGGGCGUGUUAAGCGAUCUGCUCUCUCAGCUUCAUAGGAAAAUAGAACAGGCGGCUAACACGAUAAGAUGCACCAACUGCGGUUUGAGACACAAGAGGAUCCCGACUCAGCGGCCUUGCUACGCGGCGCGGUUCUGCGCUCAAUGUAAAAUACGACACAGCGCGAAAGAGGGAGAUAUCUGGGCCGAGUCUCGUUUGAUGGGAUUUCUCUGGCAUUACUACGCCUGCAUGGAAGGUGCUGUGUACGACGUCACUGACUGGGCGGCUUGUCAAGCUGGAAAUUUGAAACAUUUAAGAGCGAACACGCACAGCGUGCAGUACAGAAUCGUGCUGGGUCAAAGGCCACCCUCGCAAAUGAACAACACCGGUAAAAGGCGGCAGCAGAUAGAUCCGAACACGAGCGAGACCGACUUUGAAGAUUUUUUAAAUAAUUUGUACAACCAUAACAAGACCGGGAACUCGAGUACAUCGGAGCAGAACUCCUUCGGGGGUGAUUCCAAACGCCGUAAGACCAAACGCAAGAAGUGAAAAACCGACGAUGGCAAGUUACUUUCUGAUUUUUGGCACCUCCGUCAUGUGUAAUUAUACAGUAAUAUAAAAAGAUUCGUUUAUCAAUUCUUAUACUCUUUUUCCUUUAUACAAAUAUAGAUGAUAGCACAAAGCGUUUUAAUUGUAUCAGAGUGGAUUUUAAAAAAUGUUUGCCCUUCGCGUUUUCUUCGUCUGUCUUUUCUUUUUUUUUUUAUCACCACCAGUGAUCGAUUGUUUUUAAGAAGAUUGUAUAUACUUGGCGCAAGAACGUUGCAGAGUACAAUUUGUUUAAUAUAGCUAGGCGACGAAACUGUUUGUUUGACAUUAGCAGAUAUUUUAAUUAUCCAUUUAUAUACGAGGAUUAAAUUGUACUUUUCUAGACCGAUAAGAUAUAAUUUACUUUAACUUGUAUUUUAAGAAACGAGAAGUGAUGAGCAGCCGUACUAAAAAAAAAACUGUUGGAAUGUAUUGAAUUAAAGUAAGGCGAAAAGGAGAACGA